AUGAUACUCGGCCCACCAGAGGAUUGUGCUGACUCCGUUCGAGCAUUAAAGAAAAGGGCGCGCCAAGUAUGCAGUCUUCAGGCAGCUUCGAACGAACCUCCGCUCUGCAGAGACCCCAUAUCAUUCACACCAGAGGACGCCAAAGGAAUCCAACACCCUCAUCCGGAUCCCUUGGUCAUCAAAGUAGCUAUGGGCGAGUUCGACGUCGAAAGAGUCCUGGUCGAUACUGGAAGCACCGUCAAUGUAUUAUUCUGGCAAACGCUAGAAAAAAUGGGGGUCACACCAGAACAGGUGAAACCCGAGACUCGGACAUUAACCGGCUAUGAUGGGAUCACUAAAAUGUCGAUGGGCGAUGUGAAACUACAAGUGCAAGCUGGCGGAGUGACCCGAAAGACUAAGUUCGUGGUCAUCGAUGCGCCCCCAAUUUACAACGCUAUUCUAGGGGCACCAUGA